AUGGCUCCGGGAUCAUCCACCGGAGCCCAAUCAGGGAUGGAUAGCAGAAAGCGAAAGGCAGAUACUCCAGCAUCAAAUUCUCGAAGCGACAACGUUCCCCAGAGGCGCCAGAUGGUUCACGCUGCACGAAGCAUUCCUGCACAACCUGCUGAGGCCGCACUUAAAAAUGGCGAACUCGAUCUUCAGGCUUUUGUGGCUGCUCACGAAUUUGAGAUCCGCGCCCUCGAACAAAGCAUGGCGACAUCCAAGGCUGUCGGUAGCAGUCGUGCCUUUCAGAAAGUCCCCCGAGGUUUGCGCCGUCGCACGGCAAGCCACAACCCCAAGCGGGUGCCUCGUCGGUUGAGAAAGCGCGCGGAAAAGGAAAUGAAGGACGACAAUACCCCGGUAGUGGAAGCGCGACGGAGGAAGCCCAGGACAACAAGAGCAAGAAUACGAGCUGAGACAGCGCGAAAGCUGGGCAUCCUGGCAGCUAGGAAACGGAGAACUAGCUUGGCGAAGGCGAAGAAGGAUGGAGAUGCCAAUAUUGGUAAAUGCUUGGCUGUCGUUGGACGAGCACCGAGACCGAAGAUUCGACGAAACGAACUCAACGAACCCCCUAGACCCAAGACCAAAUUUCGAAAGCGACAGCUCAACAAGACCUGGUUACCGACUCACUCCUGGCACGCGAAACGGGCAAAGAUGACUGAUCCCCUGGAUCCUCUAUGGCGGUUUGCUAUACCAUUGACGCCGAAUGAGAAGAUUUAUAGACCAACCCAUCGAGCACAGGGCGAUAGGGGGGCAGUUAUCUGGGAGAUGAGCUACAUGAGCACAAUUGGCUUGUAUGGUAACCGCGCAGGAAUUGAACGUGUCUUGAAACGAAUAGGCGUGGUUCAAGAUUCUUGCUGGAACAACAAGGGAAAGAAAUGGAGACUUGGAAGUAGGUCAUGGUCCGGGACUUUGACUCGAACGAUCAACGGAGGGCAGUCGAACGAUGACAGGCGAAUCAUUGGACCAUGCACUAUCCUGUGGAAUCCUGAGUCACAGGCGUCGGAAGGAAACCAGGAACUUAAGGAAGAGAGACAAGUAUUCUUAAGAAUACAUCCAUCAGCCUUCCUCGAGCUCUUUAACGAAUUAUUGUCAUUAACAAAACAGGAAACACCUCGACUCUACAUCGAAGAUCUUCGGUUCGAGAUUGGCAGUAUAGAUUUGUCCGGGCCAGGUUCGACGGAAGCCCUGUUGGCCGUCCUGCACCCGUACCCCGAGAAAGAAAAGGCCAAGAAUACACAUGCAGAGAUGUUUAAAGAAUUGGCAGGCUUAACCAAUGCGGCAGUUUUACCCGCGGGCGCCGUGCUGAGCUUCUUUGUGCAGGACCCUCGUUUCCAUUACCCACCACAGCGUAUUACGGUUUCUAAAGACGACGAGGCGCAACUGCAACUGCUCGAAAAGAUUGCAGCCUGGCCAGCAGAGGAUAAUCUAGAGCCGUAUGCCGUUUUCGAUCGAGAUAUUCGUCACCGGGCGUCCUGUCUUCCAUCACAGAAACAGGUCGAUAGACGUAAAAGUGCGAAAACUCCCGGGGUCGCCUUAAAGCCUUUAAAAACCGACCCUCCUAUUCCUAUCAUUCUCCUCGCGUCACGUACAGGGACUGGUACUCAGACACAAGGCACAUGGACCUUGCUUGCUCCAUGGAAAUGUAUACAGCAUAUUUGGUACUCCUUGGUGCAUUGUCCUCUGUCGUCAGGGGGUAACCCGCGGUUUGCGGGUUUGAACGAGGUCCGCCAGGUCGCCUUUGAAAGGGGCCAGCCUUGGUUCCCAUCAGAUUUCCCUGGAAGCAAAGCUGGUGCCGACUGGGAGCUUGAAGAACGCCGGAAAAGAAAGGCGGCUUGGGAGAAGCGACCAAAGAGUAAGAGAACAGCCUGGGAAUCUCUUGAUCUAGGUGGAGGGAGGAAGGGCGAGAUCGGAGAUGGUUUCGCUAGUGAUUUCGAGAUGCUUUUCACUGCUCCAGAUUCACAAGAAAGUGAGGAGAGCCACGAUGAAGAUGCCAUGGACGUUGAUACGGGCGAGUCGAAAGAGUCAGCACAGGUAUCGAAGCAGCGGAGAGAGACUCGCAUAUAUCAACUACGCCAGCUUUCCAAAGACGUAUUCACCAGAUGCAUUAGUGCUCUUACACCACUCACAAUACCGACAAAGGCUCUUCUAAGUGUCCGUAUAUCUGUCGUCUCUAGAGGGUCAGUUACAUCCUGCGCUCGCAUCUACCGUCUCCCUUCUCGACCUAUAACAGCUCCGCAAUCCUCUGAGACCGAAGUCCCUGCCACUAUCCCUCCUACCACAUCGUCGUCGUCGUCGUCCUCUCUUCCAUACGACCUCCGUUCCCAAUGGCUUUCUCAAGUCCCCUCUUCUACUGCAAACAAAGCCAGACCAUCGAAAGCCUCGCAGCCGCGCGACUUGGAAUCGUUAAAACGCCAACUUGCUAUCGAACUAACCGCUAAACCUUCACUAUCUCUACCCGCGUCAGCCAAUGAGUCCGACAUGAACGGCCAUCCCCUGGUGCCAAAUGCCGAAGAUCUUAUUGGUUUUGUCACCACUGGGUCUUUCAGUCUCAGCGAAGGGCAUGGUAUGGCUAUUGGCUCUAUUGCUGCUGAGAAGGUUCUGGACGACGUCAGAAAAGACUCAAGCGAAGGAAGAUAUUGUGUUGUUCGUAACGCAGGCGAAAGCGUUGGGUGGCUUGCAAAGUGGGAAGCUAUUUGA